ACUGCCUUCCCGAGGAGUGGUUGUGUGAGGCCUGUGAUGUGUUGCACCAUAAAAGAUGGCCACUCCACAACAGAGACAGCGUGGUGGAUGGCUUCCUCAAGGCCAUCCCACCAUCCACAUGCUAUACUAAAGGGGAAACUGGACACUACAUCUCACACAAGCAAGCUUCCAUUUUACCCACAGUGCGCGCACCACAGCUAUGCUCAUGUGAAGUUGCUGACGUCACUAUGUCUCCAGGCAGAGAAGUCAUCCUUAUCACCAUAAACGUUCGACUUGCACAUGCCUGUUCAUGUGUGCAAUAUCUGCCUGCAACGCUGGACCCCGGAUCUUAAAGAUCUAAUCAAGAGUGGUUACUGGCCAGCCUCUUCACAUUCCCAGACCCUGUACACUAUUGACCUCUUCCACUCAUUCCAAGACCUGAAGGUCAUUUCACCUGGCUUUUCCGGGCAAGCUUUUGCAAAGUUGCUGGAACAUCGCACUCGGUGUGCUGGAAGAUCAGGGCAAAUCAAUGGGGAUGCACUUCAGCGGAGCUUCCUGGAGUUCAGCUAUUGCUCGUUUGAGGAGGACCAGCUCUGCUGUGCGACCCCGUUCACCUGCCUCGCCUGUACCCCAGAAAUGGUGGCUGUAGCAGCUGAUGGAAACCGGAAGCUUUACCGCUUUAAACGAUCCAGCGGCUUCGAAAACACUGCAUUUUUUGAAGGGCUGUUUCUUGCCAAGGACAGUAAGGUGUCAGCUUUUGUUGACACCAUUAGGACUGCAGUGAAAAGCAUGCAAGGCAAAGCAACAUGCGGUGCUUCGCAGUGGGCAGCAGCCAGGGAAACCUCACGGAGGGCCAGUAAACUCGAUGAGGAGGGCGUUGAGGUAGCCGUGUGUCGCCAUGGCUACCUCUUGAAAGGCCUAAAUAUGUACCGGGGUGACAUUUUUGCCUACCCUCUGUAUCUCCAGAGAGAAAUUCAGGCCAUAGCAAAUUUCAUAAAUCUUUGCCAUGGAUGUCACCUGCAAGUACUGGCCAUACCUCCAAAAGGUAGUGGCUGCCCUUCCACCACUCCAGGGGCUCUUGCAGAUGAGGCCAUUCCUCAGCAUCAUGCAUGCCAGGGCUCAUGCCACAAAGUCUUAAAUGGAGUGGCAGGAAUCAGGAGGGAGCGGGCACAACGGCUGGUGAAGAGGUUGAGCAGCCCGUGUGGACAUGCUGACUGUCCAUGCAAUGGAAUGGAACAGGCACAAGGGAGACAAUUUCCACAAGGCCCUCUCCACAAGAUAUGUGAAGACUUGUCAAAAAGCUGUGGAGGAGACAGCAAGACUUCUAGAGCUCAGAGAAGAGGUCCAUUGCUCAGAGGAGAUGGCACUGCAGUGGGUUAUGGAUGUUCAGGAAUGGGCUGGGGAGACAACAGAUGCCGCCAGUGAUCAACGAUCCCUGCAACAACAGUCCAUUGAGGGGCUUCAUCUGAGCCUUCACCACAGAAAACAGAGCCUCUACCGUCAAAAUGACAGCAACAAGCUUCGUCACCGCCUGCGCAAAAAUUUGGCGAAAGACAAGCGGCGUGUCUUCGAACAGAUUGCCGAAUACAAAAGGCUGGUGUCAGAGAUGCAGAUCACUCGGAUCAUCAGUGAACAUCAGCACCAAGAGACGAGUGCAUGACCAGCAGAUGCUGACCACACGCCUGCAAGAGGAGAGGAGCAUCCUGGUUUUGGAGAUGGCCCAACACUGCACUUCAUUGCGAAACCUGGCCUCGGCUCUCAGGACCAAGAUUAUAAGUGAGGCAGAGGGAAGUGAAGGACUACGAUGUCUUCUUAUUCGAAGACUUUCGGAAGUGGAAGGUAGUUUGCGGUUGGUCCUACACCACUACCAG